UUUCAUUCGUCUUGCCCUGUAGCCUUUUCUAUCAGCGGGCACUCUCGAGCAACCAAGGCGCGAUAAUUUUGGCCUAGAGCCUCCUCUUCUUUUUUUCCUAAAGACUCUUGGCUUCCUCGGGAAGUACUCCAUACAGUUGCAUAAUAUCAGCAGCGGCAAUGUCAUCGUCCGAUAACUCGUACUCCUCGCCGUAUGGCUUCGCUCUCCGCCGAGAUGGGACGUGCCACAGCAACGAGACAAGUUGCGCCAAAACAUGGGCCGACUGGUAUGCCUGUUGCCCAGGUGAGACUCAAUGUACUGGAGGCGAACGUAAUUGGGUCUGUUGUCCAACAGAUGGUGAUUGCACCGGCAGGCUGGAGCUGAACCCUCACUGCGGACUGAAUCAAACCUGGAGCAUGUUUGACAAGGAAGGCUAUUUCUGCUGUCUGGAGGGACAGACUGGCUUCUACAACAAAAGCAAUCCCGGUCUUGUCGGUGUAGGGUGUUCAGACGGACCCCCAAGCGGCGAAGGAGUCGUCACUUUGAAUCUGAAAACACAAGCGCCGCAAUCCAGUUCUUCUUCAGCGCCCACAUCCAACGGCUCAUCCGAUCACACAGGCGCCAUCGUUGGCGGUGUUGUCGGAGGCGUGGUCGGCUUAGCGGCAAUCGCAGCGCUUCUCUGGUUCUUCACCUGGCGACGACAGCGGCAAAACCAGCCACCCGUGUAUGCUUCGCACCCGCCACCAUCAUGGCUGGCCAAUGGAGGAUUCCAGCCAGGCAUGGUGCAGCAAGACUUUCAGGGAAUCAAGAACGACAACAUGGCACCGCAGAACUACACCUAUCCGGCUGAGAUGGAGCAUUCGGAGCGACCGCCCGCAGAAUUACCAAGCGGCGGUUAUCAAUGAUGGUCUGUCUUUGCUUGUUUACUGCGAUAAUACUCUGUUUAUAGACAUACGAUCUGGACUCGCUUUUCUUCCUGUUACGUUUUUCACCUCUUGCACAUGUACUUAAUUCAGAAACUCAGCAGGGCGGCUCAGGCGUCCGCAAGGCUCACUUAUUUGGAAGAUCAUUCCCCUCCCAAGCUUU